AUGGCUGCCUACCUGCAGUGGCGGCGCUUCGCCUUCUUCGACCGCGAGACGGUGAAGGAGCGCCCGGGGCUCGAGGGCGGCGGCGGCGGCAACGCCCUGCUCCUGCCGCCGGGCAUCGCGGUCUGCGACUCGGGCCGGGGGAGUCUCGUCUUCGGGGAUAUGGAAGGGCAGAUCUGGUUCCUGCCGCGCUCCCUUGAACUCGGCAGCUUCCAAGCGUAUAAACUGAGGGUGACUCACCUCUACCAGCUGAAGCAGCACAGUAUCUUGGUGUCAGUUGGUGAGGAUGAAGAAGGUAUUAACCCUCUGGUCAAAGUCUGGAAUCUAGAGAAACGUGAUGGUGGGAAUCCUCUGUGUACCAGGAUUUUCCCUGCAAUACCAGGCAACAAGCCCACAGUUGUGUCCUGUCUCACAGUCCAUGAGAAUCUGAACUUCAUGGCUAUUGGCUUCACAGACGGGAGUGUUGUGCUUACGAAAGGAGACAUUACAAGAGAUCGGCACAGUAAGACCCAGACCCUCCAUGAAGGCAGUUAUCCAAUUACUGGCCUUGCCUUCCGCCAGUCUGGCAAAACGACUCACCUGUUUGUUGCAACCACGGAGAGCAUCCAGUGCUACACGCUGUCCAUGAAGGAUUAUCCGCGGCAGGAAUUGGACACCCGCGGAUGUGGGCUGCGCUGCUCUACAAUGAGUGACCCCUCUCAGGACCUCCAGUUUAUUGUAGCAGGGGAUGAGUGUGUGUAUCUGUACCAGCCAGAUGAGCGUGGGCCGUGCUUUGCUUUUGAGGGGCAGAAGCUAAUUGCCCACUGGUAUCGGGGCUACCUUGUCAUUCUGUCUAAGGAUCGGAAGACCUCUCCAAAGUCUGACUUUGCAGGGGGUGACCCACAGAACUCUGACAAGCAGAUCCUGAACGUUUAUGACCUUAGCAACAAGUUCAUCGCCUACAGCUCGGUCUUUGAUGAUGUGGUGGAUGUCCUGGCCGAGUGGGGAUGCCUGUAUGUGCUGACCAGGGAUGGAAAGCUCCAUGCACUGCAGGAGAAGGAUACGCAAACCAAGCUGGAGAUGCUCUUCAAGAAGAACCUGUUUGAAAUGGCCAUUAACUUGGCCAGGAGCCACCACCUAGACAGCGAUGGGUUGUCGGAGAUCUUCCGCCAGUACGGCGACCAUUUGUACAACAAAGGCAACCACGAUGGCGCCAUUCAGCAGUAUAUCCGUACCAUUGGGAAGCUAGAGCCAUCCUACGUAAUCCGCAAAUUCUUGGAUGCCCAGCGGAUACACAACUUGACAGCCUACUUGCAGACGCUCCACUUGCAGUCCUUGGCCAAUGCAGACCACACAACGCUGCUGUUGAACUGCUACACCAAGCUGAAAGACAUCGCCAAGCUGGAGGAGUUCAUCAAGACGAGUGAGAGCGAGGUUCAUUUUGACGUGGAGACGGCCAUCAAGGUGCUGCGCCAGGCGGGCUGUUACUCCCACGCCGUGUACUUGGCUGAGAAGCAUGCCCACCACGAGUGGUACCUGAAAGUCCAGCUAGAAGACAUCAAGAACUACCAGGAGGCCUUGCACUACAUUGGCCGGCUGCCUUUUGAGCAGGCAGAGAGCAACAUGAAGCGCUAUGGCAAGAUCCUCAUGCAUCACGUCCCCCAUGAGACCACCGAGCUGUUGAAGGUGCUGUGCACAGAUUACCGGCCAGCAGGGGAUCGGGAAGGCCCAGCAGUGCCAGAAGGGCAGAAGGCCAACCCAGAGGAGUUCAUUCCCAUUUUUGCCAACAACUCUCGGGAACUGCGGGCCUUCCUGGAGCACAUGUCAGAGGUGCAGCGGGACCCUCCCCAGGGGGUGUACGACACACUGCUGGAGCUCCGCCUUCAGAACUGGGCACACGAGCAGGACCCAAAGGUCAAAGAGAAACUGCACAAUGAAGCCAUUUCUCUGCUGAAGAGCGGAAGGUUCCGGAGCGCCUUUGACAAGGCUCUAGUCCUCUGCCAGAUGCACAGUUUCAAGGACGGUGUCUUGUACCUCUACGAACAGGGCAAGCUGUUCCAACAGAUCAUGCAUUACCACAUGCAGAACGAGCAGUACAGGAAGGUGGUGGAGGUGUGUGAGCUGUAUGGAGACCAAGAGCCUUCCCUGUGGGAACAGGCCCUCGGCUAUUUUGCCCACAAGGAGGAGGACUGCAAGGAAUACAUCACGGCUGUGCUCAAGCACAUUGAGACCAAGAACCUCAUGCCCCCUCUGCUUGUUGUGCAGACCCUGGCCCACAACUCUACAGCCACCCUCUCUGUCAUUAAGGACUACCUGGUAAGCAAGCUGCAGAAGCAGAGCCGCCAGAUUGAACAGGAUGAGCAGAAGAUUCAGAAAUACCGGGAGGAGACCAAGCGGAUCCGCAAGGAGAUCGAGGAGCUGAAAAACAGCCCCAAGAUCUUCCAGAAGACCAAGUGCAGCAUCUGCACGAGCGCCCUGGAGCUGCCCUCGGUCCACUUCCUCUGCAGCCACUCCUUCCACCAGCACUGCUUCGAGAGCUACUCGGAGAGCGGCUCCGAGUGCCCCACCUGCCUGCCGGAGAACCGCAAAGUCAUGGACAUGAUCCGCGCCCAGGAGCAGAAGCGGGACCUGCACGACCAGUUCCAGCACCAGCUGAAGUGCGCGAGCGACGGCUUCUCGGUGGUGGCCGACCACUUCGGGCGCGGCGUCUUCAACAAGCUCACGCUCGUCACCGACCUGCCGGCGGGGCGCGCGGCCUUGGCGGCGGCGGAGGCCGGGCUGCAGCGGGACCUGCUCAUCCACGCCAAGCGGAGCACCUAG